GCUGGGUCGGGGUCAGCAAGUGCGUUUGUGGGCUCGUUACAAGUCUGCUUUCGACUGCUGGGGUCGUGCCAGCAGCUGGUGGAAUAUGGCGAACUCUGGCUAUGGAAACUGCAGUGACCAUGAGGAGAACAGUUUUCUAUACUUCGCCUAUGGCAGCAACCUGCUGAAAGAGAGGAUCCACCUCCAAAACCCCUCGGCCGCGUUCUGCUGCGUGGCCUGCCUCCAGGAUUUUAAGCUUGACUUUGGCAAUCCCCAAGGCAAAAAAAGUCCUACUUGGCAUGGAGGUAUAGCUACCAUUUUUCAAAGUCCUGGAGAUGAAGUGUGGGGAGUAAUAUGGAAAAUGAACAAAAGCAAUUUAAGUUCUCUGGAUAAGUCAUUUGCAUGGGUGCAAAAGAGAAUGGUUUGCCCCUGGAGUAUCAAAAGAAGUUAAAAGCAAUAGAAUCAAAUGACUUCAAAGGAAAGCUCUCAGAAGAAAUUGAAGAUAUGAUCAAAAAGGGGGAAACAAAAACUAAGCAUUAGAACGUAAUAGACCGUAUCCAAGGAUAUCUAUGCACUACUAUAAAACAUUUUUAACGUUUAGUAACAGGGAUCUGGGAUCUCUCCAUAUUUAAUGUAUUUUCAACGGUGCUCUGAAGGGAUGUCUCACUUGGGUGGUUCCUUGUUCUCAGACUAUAAACAGAAACUGUGUUGGGAGUUAGACAAUUAAAGAAGGAGCCAUGAGACAUUGGAAUGCAUGACAAAUGGAUAUGGGAACUUUUGCUCUGAACAUUGAAAGCUACUUUCUUGAAUUGAUUUUAAGUGUAUGCUUGUUCUGUGGCAAAGGAUAAAUUUGUAGCCUGCUUAAUGGUGGUGCUGGUGAAUUUCUCUGCUCUGUCUGGGAUUUUUAAUCCAGCUUAAUAAAAGCAAGCAAACUACAGAGACAGAUAAUAAUAAAACUUAAAAUUUGGAAGAUAGUCUACUCUUUUUAGAGGAAUAAAUGUACUUCUGGUUGAACCUGUUUUCCCCACUAAAGGAUUACAUUACAUUA